CCAUCAGUCGACCUCAAACCAUUGCUUGGCUCACAGGUAGCAUCCUAAGAGGACACAGUCCUGGUUGGGCUCAAGGUGCAGCCCCAUGAAGUACGGAUUUGACACAGCGCCAUCAGGAAAACUUCUGGCGCUCUGGCCCCUCCUUUCAUGGAAGGACAGGGGUGGGGCUUCGGCUCUAGUAGUCACAGCAUUGGAACCAAGAACAUAGUUCUACUGGCAUCUCUGACUCUGGCCAGGUCUCCGCACCACUAGCCCUCGGUGUGGCCCACAGCACCAUCAGCUCCACACACAGGGCCUCGCUCGCGUUCCCCACAGCUAUGUGUUCAGACACCCGCGUGGCCCUGGUGACCGGGGCCAACAAGGGCAUCGGCUUGGCCAUCGUGCGUGACCUGUGCCGGCGGUUCUCCGGGGACGUGGUGCUCACGGCACGGGACGAGGCGCGGGGACGGGCGGCCGUGCAGCAGCUCCAGGGCGAGGGCCUGAGUCCGCGCUUCCACCUGCUGGACAUCGACGACCUGCAGAGCAUCCGCGCCCUGAGUGAUUUCCUGCGCAAGGAGUACGGGGGAUUGGACGUGCUGGUCAACAACACGGGCAUUGCCCUUGAUAUUGAUGAUCACACACCCUUACAUAUUAAAGCAGAAUUGACAAUGAAAACAAACUUCUUUGGUACUCGAAACGUGUGCACAGAACUGCUGCCUCUAAUGAAACCCCAAGGCAGAGUGGUCAAUGUGUCUAGCAUAAUGAGCUUGGUAGCUCUUAAGAACUGUGGCCCAGAACUGCAGCAGAAGUUCAGAAGUGAGACCAUCACAGAGGAGGAGCUGGUGGGGCUCAUGAACAAGUUUGUGGAAGACGUAAAGAACAGAGUGCACCAAAACGAGGGCUGGCCUGAUAUGCAAAUACUUACAUAUGGAGUGUCAAAGAUGGGUGUCACCGUCCUGUCCAGAAUCUAUGCCAGGAAACUGAGUGAGCAGAGGAGGGGAGACAGGAUCCUCCUGAAUGCCUGCUGCCCUGGGUGGGUGAGAACAGACAUGGGUGGACCUACAGCCAUUAAAAGCCCAGAAGAAGGAGCAGAGACUCCCGUCUACUUGGCCCUUUUGCCCCCGGAUGCCAAGGAGCCUCACGGGGCGUUUGUUAUGGAGAAGAAAGUUGAACAAUGGGGACCCCCCUCUCAGUUCCCUUCAUGGCUCCUGUUAUGAUACAGUCAUGAUUUGACCAAACAGAUUACACUGUCUACAAUGUCCUUAUCCACGUCAAGUACUCACAUUGAAUUGGUUACUAAUUCUGUGAAGUCUUCUGUGAUUUUUUCCAUAAUAUAUGAGAACAAAAAGUGGAAUUAAUGACCAUAAUGAAUGAACAUCAUACAUGAAUAAACAAUUCUAAGUAGAUGUCCACAUGUGCAGAUUACCCCUUGCCAACCAGCCCAAAAAAUUAACAGAACCUAAGUUAGGUCAAGAGAAGGGACAAUUUAACACAGGGGUUCAUAAACAUUAGUGAAUGAGCCAGAUGGUGAAUAUUUUGCCUUUGCACUUGAAUGGCCUCCGUUGGACCUACUCAAAUCUGCUGUUUACCUUGAAAGUCACCAUAGAUGAUAUAUAGACCCAUAAGGGGGUGGGAUUUCCCUAGCCAGCAUUCUUUAUCAGCCUCUACUAUGACAUUGGCACCCCACCACGGAUAGACAUUCACUGUGGUCUCGUUAAAUAUCAAAGUCAUUGGAGGAAAAGGAGCUGCAAGGUGUGAAAUGGGAGUGGGCACUAGAGGUGCAUCCAUAAGACAACGUGAGACAAGGGGGGAAAGGGAAUAUGGAUUGGUAUCAGUGCAUAUGAAAGAAUUACUGUCAAAUCUCCUCAAGGCUAAUGUGCUAUUCAUGUAGGGAUAAAUGGUCACCAAGUGUGUAACAUUAACACAGUUCAGCAAAGCCUCCACAGAAGAUGAACAUAUAAGGAAAGUGAAAUACUCAUCAUCGUUGGGGCUAGUUUGGAGGAUACAUGGGUGUCCGCGGUCCUAUUCUUCCCACUUUUCUCUCUGAGAGCUUUCAAGACAAACAUCUGGAAAUAAAAAGGUCUUGGCUCUGCUGCCUUACGCGACGACCUUGAGCAAAACCCUGCCUGUUGCUGUCUGUCAAUCUCCUCAAGCGUACAGUUCAGGGGAACUCAUAGGAUUGCCGAGAAGAGUAAAGGCACUAAUACAGGUGAGCAGGCUGCAAACAAGGGCGGUGCAAAGUGGCCUCCGUAGGCGUCCCCGGACUGGGGCCUGACACCUCCAGGGCCCAGAGGGGAGCUUCUUACUGCCCCACACCCAGCCUGGCUCCCGGGGGGCCUCCCACCACCUCCCACCCCUCACAGAAGCAUCCAUGUUGUACAGACUUCCUCCCCUCAUGAUUAUUUUUCAGUCUUCACCAGGGGUUUCAGGCUGACAGAAAUGAGAACUGAUGGGCCCUGCAAGCAAGUGUGGACUAGGGUCCAUACUUUAAAAGUCUUUCCCUUCAGGGGCGCUUGGGUGGCUCAGUCAGUUAAGCGUCCGACUUCAGCUCAGGUCAUGAUCUCACGGUCCGUGAGUUCGAGUCCCGCGUCGGGCUCUGUGCUGACAGCUCAGAGUCUGGAGCCUGCUUCGAAUUCUGUGUCUCCCUCUCUCUCUGACCCUCCCCUGUUCAUGCUCUGU